CGCAACGAAAUUUCUCAAGCCGCGGCUAACGCAUUCGAGACGAGCGCGCACCGUUAGUUCAGCUUGUUUGGCCGCAACCGAGGGUAUAAAACGAAAAGACUCCAAUUCGUGCGGAAUUACCUGGCGUACACGACAUCUCGGUGUGUUCGCCCGGCCUUACGAGAUCCCACGUCGAUUCGGAGCGUCUGAAUAGUCCAAGGAAUAGAGCUUAAAGAAAAGCAUUUCAUGACUUUUCUUUCCGACUUGGCAAACAGGAGGAGCCUGUCGCGGAAAGCAGGCAUGGGUCACGCAACAGCGGCUCGGCUCGUCGCGGCGCUGCUGUGCUUGGGCGCAGCCAAGGCCUUGAGCGUCGGACGGGUGGCGGCGGUGAGCGACGAGCUGCCCAGCUACAGCCAGUGCGCGGUGUCUCCGGAGCUGUUCCGCAACGGCAGUUUUGCCUUCGCCGCCGUGAGGCGAGCUCGCGGCGAGGCGGGUCUGAAGAUCGCCGUGACGAUCGUCGCCGGGCGCUCGUCGGCGGCGUACUGCUCGCUGACGCUCAGGCCCGACGAGCCCGGCGGCGCCGUGGCCGUGACGUCGCUGCGCCGGCUCGACGGCGAGAGGCUGGCGCUCGUGGGCCAGGAGGCGCGGCAGCGGGAGGGCCGACAGGGCUUCGUGGUGGUGCUGGACGCGAGCAGCUGCGAGAGCCUGCGCCUGUACUCGAGCCCCGACCUGGCGGAGCGUCAGCCGUUGGUGCCGAGGGAGGCCAGCGGCAGGCUGGAGGUGUUCGCGCGGGCGCGCGCCGGCGGUGCGGCCUGCGCCGACGCCGACAGGGCGGGUGGCUUGGAGACGCACUGCUUGCCGGCGGAGGUCGACUGGUCGCGGGAGGUCUUCGUCGACGGGUUCUCCUUCAGCGAGGACGUGCUGAUGGUGCGUGCCUUCGACGACGCCGGCGCGUACAGGGUACUGGCCUACAACACCGCCGUGCGCCCGCCCAGGCAGCAGCUGUGGCUCGUGCUGCCGGAGGCCGGCAGCGACACCCAGGUGGUGUCCGCGGACCUCGCGUUCUGCUGGCUGCUGCGCGCCGGACUGGACGAGCAGAUCAGCUGCGUGCUGCUCGACAAGGCGGCCAAUCCGCGGCUGAACCUGACUCUGCGCUACGAGCAGCCCGUCAAACCGCUGGCCGUGGCGGCUCAGUCGAACGGCGAGCCGCGGCUCGUCGUGGUGGCGGAGAGGGCGCGCUGCGCCGGCCAGGAGUGCGCCGAGGUGUUCGUCAGCAGUCUCUCGGACCGAGCGACCGUCCGCCGGACCGUCAAGCUGGACUGCUUGGCCAACAAGACCAGGCUGGCGCUCGGCGUUCGGCAGAUCGCCUCGAAAGGGCUCGUGGCCCUCGAGUACGUCUGCGAGGCUUCCAACCGCCUCGUUCUUCACUCGCUCGACGUCGAGGACGACGGCUGACCGCUGCCUGUCGAG